UUACAAAGAGUGUGUUUUUUCGUUUUUAAAAUUUUGUUUCCCAUUUGACUGUGUGUGUGCUUCACUGCGUAAAGACACACUUUUUGGUUUCAAAGUUAAAUUUCAGUCUUCAUGACUCGAUUACAGAACAAAAGAAAGAAAGAACAGUAAAAUUGUUGCUUGAAUUUCACACUUCGACGACGAUGCGUGUGUUUACAUGCAUGUCAUUGCCAUUCCAUAUUGAUUGUAUGUUGAGUGCGUUCCAUUUUAUCUUCGACAGGGAUCUUCUACUUUUCUCCACAAUUUUCUUUUGGUGCUCACGUUGUCAGAAUCCACAAUACCAUCCGAUGAAUCUAUAUGAUGUAUCGAAAUGAACUCACCAAUUGUAACGAAAUCAUGAGAAAAAAAGACGAAUUAAAAUGAGAAAAGCCGAGAAUUAAUUACACUUUACUUCAACAAUGUAUGGUGAAUUGCGUUGAGGCCCGGUCAGUGGAAAUGGAAAUGAAUCGCGUUCUUGAACGCAGCGAAAUGAGGUUCCCUUCUAAUAAGUAGUUCUGUGGUCGCUUGUGGAAUCAGUGUGGAUGAGAUUGUGAUUGAAAUGCAUAAACUGAAUCCGUUUUUUUUUUUCGGUUUGCAUUCCAUUACUUUUGUAGACACAAAAAAAUCAUUCAUCGCUUCCUUUCACUUAGCAAUACAAUUCAAAUCAUUUGCAUUGGCUUCGUAGUCAAGCCCGAUCUCUACAUUCAGUGUGUGUGUGUAUAUUUCCCGUUCAAGUCUCUUCUCUUUUAGUGACCGCGAAUCGCAAGAACAACGACUGAAAUCACUCAAUCGUAUUAUAGAAUGAAAGAGAUAAAAGCCGGUACAGCACUGGAACCCAUAUACGGUCAAAUUCAAAGUGUGUGCAUAUAUGCGAUCUCUCUGUGUAUGGGUAAGAACGAAUACAUACACAAAAUAUAACAUGUGCUCGACAACAUAUUCUUUCUUCGUUUUUCCCUGUUCCUUUCGCUUAGAAUGGUGUACCAUUCGGUGGGUUCUUUGUUCCUUUGCGCACCGAACCACAAUGAUAUACUUUCAACAGCUUAGAGAUUGUAGUGUAUAUGUAUGUAGAGUACAUACGAAAGACAUGAGAUGGAUAUGUUAUUAUACCAUAUUGCAUGCACGACCGAAUUGUCGACUGUAUUGAAUACAUGAGCACACAUUUUAACACGAAAAAAAAUCAAACAGGCAAAAAAGUGACAACGAAAGAAAGAAGAAGAGCAUUUUGUUGUUGUUGUAAAUUCAGUUCGUUCGUUCGUCGUUGUUUUCGGGCAAUCAUAUCUCUUUCACUCAUUUUUUUUUCGUGGUUCAAAUGUGCGGCAAAUGCUUUCGCAGUAGCACAGACAGAAAUAGAACCAAACAUUGGAUCCAGUCAUCGUUACAGUCGUGAGUGAGACGCGCGAAGACAUACAUUGCGUAGCAUAGCGCGAACGGCGUCGCACACGUUGUUUAAACCAUCAUAAAAAACUAAGCAUUUGGACGAGAGAGCGUGAGAUAUAAUUGGUAUUGGAAACCUAAAUAAUUGGAAUCUCUGGACAAAAAAUCGCGCACAAAAUAAGAGCACACGGUCGAGAAAAUCACACUCGGAAUUACCAUGUCAGCUACAUCACCUACGGAUACCAAGAAGGGAGACAUCAAGCUACAAAACUUGAAUGAUGCCGAAAUCCCGUUGCAACCACAAAGCGAUGAAUAUGAUCCACAUUUACAUCGAAACGUACCACACCCAACGACAAACACCGAAACGUUGGUGCAUUUGUUGAAGGGAUCGUUGGGCACAGGUAUAUUGGCGAUGCCGAAAGCAUUUCAUCAAGCCGGCUAUAUGUCUGGUAUCGUAAACACCAUUUUGAUUGGAAUUUUGUGCACAUGGGGCCUUCACAUUUUAGUACGAUCUCAAUAUAUUUUAUGUAAACGUCGUCGUGUUCCAAUUUUAACGUAUCCAAUAUCGAUGAAAUUGGCACUGGAAGAGGGACCGCCGUACCUUCGUUGGAUGGCUCCGUUUGCUGUUUUGAUCGUUGAUGGUUUUUUGAUAGUUUACCAAUUGGGCAUUUGCUGUGUUUAUAUUGUGUUCGUUGCAAAAAAUGUGAAAGAAUUUGUUGACUAUUGGUAUAAAAUAGAGAUUGAAUACCAUAUGCUAUUAUUGUUGUUGCCAUUGAUUUUAUUGAAUUGCAUUCGCAAUUUAAAAUUAUUGGCUCCAUUCUCGACAUUGGCGAAUAUCAUCACGUUUAUCGGCAUUGGUUUAAUUUUGACAUAUGUGUUUCAAGCACUGCCGCCACUUGCAAACCGUGAAACGUUUGGCGAUAUUUCCGAAUUUCCAUUGUUUUUCGGUACGACACUGUUUGCGAUUGAAGCGGUCGGUGUGGUAGUCGCUUUGGAAAAUAACAUGAAAACGCCCAAAUCCUUUGGCUCAUCUUUCGGUGUAUUGAAUGUUGGAAUGUUCGUUAUUACGCUAUUGUACGCUUUCUUUGGCUUUGUCGGCUACUGGAAAUACGGCAAAGACUCCGAUGAAAGUAUCACUUUGAACUUGCCAUCCACAGACGUCACGACGAAAGUGGUACAAGGAAUUUUCACAGUGGCCACAUUCAUUUCGUACGGACUCCAAUGUUACGUACCGGUUGAAAUAAUCUGGGGAAAUUAUCUAAAGAAGCGUUUUAAUGAAAGUAUCAAGUGGGAGUUCGUUGUUCGGAUCACUAUUGUGCUGAUCACAUUUUUGCUGGCGAUUUCUGUUCCACGGUUGGCGUUGUUCAUUUCAUUGUUUGGUGCUUUGUGUUUGUCCGUGCUCGGCAUUGCAUUCCCAUCAUUGAUGGAAAUUUGCGUUUUGUAUCCAAACAAUUGGGGACGCUGGAAUAAUGUGGUCAUCCGCAAUGUUAUACUCAUUGCCAUUGGUUUAUUCGGAUUGGUCACUGGCACACACAAAUCAGUUGUCGAUAUUAUCGUGAGUUUCCAAUCACCGACUAAUGCCACAGAAACAUUUAACAACACCAUUUCGAUCGCCACAACAUCCACCGAACCAAACAGUCUUUAAGCACUCCACUAUACCCGUCGAAAAAAACAAAAACAAAACCAUCGCUUUCGACCACAAUAGUAUAGAAAUGCUAUCAAGUAAUUGUUACUUGAAAUUACAAUCUAAAUUUAUUUUUCUUUAAACGAACAUUUUUGCAAAGCAAAUCUCACCUGUCAAUUAGCUAGACUCAUAAGAACGAAACAAGUCUUUUUUUGACAUACACACACAAAACCCAUCGUAAAUGCUACAAUGAUUCUGAAUGCUUUUUGCUAAAAUGUUUCCAAUGGAAACACUUUGUUUCCAUCAACAAAUGAACGAAAAUAAAAAAGUCUACUUGUUUAGCAUCUUUUUUUUUUCUUCUUCGGUGACGAUGUCAAAGGAUUCUUUGAAAUUGUCAUUUUUGAUUGGAAACUGAUCUAGAUGUGUAUUGUGAUGUAAAAGAAUUGAUUCCGUUACUACUUAGCAUUGAGAAUACAGGAUUUUACCGAAAUCAAAAAUUCAAACAUUAAUUUGCGAAUUUCAAUUUAUUUUACGCAUUGUAAUUAUCAAAUAGUGGAGAGAGAGAGAGAGAGAGAGAGAGAGAAGCAAGUGAAAUAAUUAUCAUGAUAAUUUUUUUUUUUGCAUUUUUUCCUUCAAAUUUUUAGAUUUAUUUUUUAAUGGCUUGAUUUUGUACAAACUUAUAGUGAUUUUUUGUUUGUCGGAGAGAAUCAAAAAUAUUGAAAAUCAUUGAAUCAAUUAUAGUAUAGCAUUUAAGACGUAUAUAGAAUUAUGUAAUAUGCUAAACCCGACCAAACCUAUAUAGAACGGAACACAAAAAAUAAAAUCAUAAAAAUUACACAAACACAUUCAAAUAAAUACUGGUUAACUAAA